CGGCGCUCGGCGGGUCGAAACACCGAGAAUGAAUAUCCCGGUCUCAACCGGUUUUAACCGGUCCGUGGUUGGAAGCGUGAGCUUAGAGGAAGAGCACACUUGCACGCACUUAAACAUCUUUGCUUCCCAACAGUGUGUGCGAACAGAACCAGAAAUAAAACGAGAUUAUUUUUACUUUGUGACCCGGAAUACGACUCCAAGUCUGACUACGUGAAACUCUGGUGUUAGCUUAGCUUGAUGUUACAUUAGCCAGCGGACCUAAAUCAUUGACUUUUCCAUUAGCACGCUAAGUUGCUAUUAGCCUGGUCGGAUGUAACUGGUAGCCUACCAAUUAUGUUUCAGAGUGGCUAAAGACAAGAAACGUCGGAUAUUCUUUAAUAUAUCGCUAAAAAAAUCGAUGAAUAUCCAGCUUGACAGCAUUUUUAAAUUACGACUGUUGGUGUAAUCGAGGAAAGCUACUAUUAGCUUUUGGCUAACGACUUUUAAGGGCAGCGUAACGUAAACGUGUGCCAUGAGAUAAAGCUGCGAAUUAGUUUGUAUCGUAUUUAGCGGUUUCACAUUUAGGUCUUCUGUUAGAGCUCACAUUAUUAAAACCAUCAGUAGUUUUCGACGAGCGGACACCAACUAUCAGAAUCUCUAUGCCAGCAGAAAUGACAAUGUUGGCAGAUCACCCAGCCAGACAGCUGCUGGACUUCAGCCAGAAAUUGGACAUAAAUCUGUUGGACAAUGUUGUCAACUCCAUGUAUCAUGACAUUGGAUCCCAGCAACGAGUAGCCCAGGAAGUGCUCACAAACUUGAAGGACCACCCUGAUGCUUGGACGAGAGUCGACACCAUCCUGGAGUUCUCUCAGAACAUGAAAACUAAGUAUUAUGCUCUUCAGAUUCUGGAGACAGUCAUCAAAACACGCUGGAAGAUUCUUCCAAGAAAUCAGUGUGAAGGAAUCAAGAAGUAUGUUGUUGGACUGAUUAUCAAGACUUCUUCUGAUCCUGCGAACAUGGAGAAAGAGGGGGUAUACAUUUCAAAACUCAACAUGAUCCUUGUACAGAUCCUGAAGCAGGAAUGGCCCAAACACUGGCCCACUUUUAUAAGUGAUAUUGUGGGUGCAAGUCGGACCAGUGAGAGCCUCUGUCAGAACAACAUGAUCAUCCUCAAACUGCUCAGUGAAGAGGUGUUUGACUUCUCCAGUGGCCAGAUGACCCAGGUGAAGGCCAAGCAUCUCAAAGACAGCAUGUGCAAUGAGUUCUCCCAAAUAUUCCAGCUGUGCCAGUUUGUAAUGGAAAAUUCCCAAAAUGCCCCACUGGUCCACGCUACCCUGGAGACUUUACUCCGCUUUUUGAAUUGGAUUCCUUUAGGUUACAUCUUUGAGACGAAACUCAUCAGCACGUUGGUCUACAAGUUCUUGAACGUACCCAUGUUUCGCAAUGUGACUCUGAAAUGUCUGACUGAGAUCGCUGGUGUGAGCGUGAACCAGUAUGAGGAGCAGUUUGUCAACCUCUUUACCCUCACCAUGUCCCAGCUCAAACAGAUGCUGCCUUUAAACACAAACAUCAGAGUGGCGUACGCCAAUGGGAAGGAUGACGAACAAAACUUUAUUCAGAAUCUGAGCUUGUUCCUCUGCACUUUCCUCAAAGAACAUGGCCAGCUCAUUGAGAAAAGGCCCAACCUACGCGAGACACUCAUGGAGGCGCUGCACUACAUGCUGCUGGUGUCAGAAGUGGAGGAGACGGAGAUCUUUAAGAUCUGUUUGGAAUACUGGAACCACCUGGCAGCUGAACUCUACAGAGAGAGUCCCUUCUCCACUUCCAGCACUCCACUGCUCUCUGAUGUCCCACCACGCAGACACCUUUACCUACCUGUGCUCUCCCAGGUGCGUCUACUGAUGGUGAGCCGUAUGGCCAAACCAGAGGAAGUGCUCGUGGUGGAGAACGAUCAGGGCGAAGUGGUCAGGGAGUUUAUGAAGGACACAGAUGCAAUCAACCUUUACAAGAACAUGAGAGAGACUCUUGUGUAUCUGACUCAUCUGGACUAUGCUGAUACUGAACGCAUCAUGACAGAGAAGCUUCACAACCAGGUGAAUGGCACCGAGUGGUCGUGGAGAAACCUGAACAUGCUGUGCUGGGCCAUUGGUUCCAUCAGCGGAGCGAUGCAUGAGGAGGAUGAAAAGAGGUUCCUUGUGACUGUCAUCAAGGACCUGCUUGGCUUGUGUGAGCAGAAAAGAGGCAAAGACAACAAGGCCAUAAUAGCAUCAAACAUCAUGUAUAUCGUGGGUCAGUAUCCUCGCUUCCUGCGAGCCCACUGGAAGUUCCUCAAGACGGUCGUCAACAAGCUGUUUGAGUUUAUGCAUGAGACACAUGAUGGCGUUCAGGACAUGGCAUGUGAUACUUUCAUCAAGAUAGCCCAAAAGUGCCGCCGUCAUUUUGUGCAGGUUCAGGUGGGAGAGGUGAUGCCCUUUAUAGAUGAGAUUCUGAACAACAUCAACACCAUCAUUUGUGACCUGCAGCCUCAGCAGGUUCAUACAUUUUAUGAGGCAGUGGGCUACAUGAUUGGAGCUCAGACAGACCAGGCUGUUCAAGAGCUUCUGAUAGAGAAAUACAUGCUGCUGCCUAAUCAGGUGUGGGACAGCAUCAUCCAGCAAGCCACUAAGAAUGUGGAUAUCCUGAAGGAUGCAGAGACGGUGCGUCAGCUGGGCAGCAUCCUCAAGACAAACGUCAGAGCCUGCAAAGCUGUUGGCCAUCCCUUUGUUGUCCAGCUAGGACGCAUCUACCUGGACAUGCUCAAUGUCUACAAAUGUCUAAGUGAAAACAUUUCCUCAGCCGUCCAAAGCAAUGGUGAGAUGGUGACUAAGCAGCCUCUGAUUAGGAGUAUGAGGACCGUAAAGAGAGAGACGCUAAAAUUAAUCUCUGGCUGGGUCAGUCGCUCCAAUGACCCUCAGAUGGUGGCAGAGAACUUUGUGCCUCCCCUGCUGGAAGCUGUGCUCAUAGACUACCAGAGGAAUGUUCCAGCUGCCCGGGAGCCUGAGGUCCUCAGCACCAUGGCAACCAUUGUGAACAAGUUGGGAGUCCAUAUCACCGGAGAAAUUCCCAUGAUCUUUGACGCUGUCUUCGAGUGCACUCUGAACAUGAUAAACAAGGACUUUGAAGAAUUUCCAGAACACAGAACCCAUUUCUUCUACCUCCUUCAGGCUGCCACCUCCCAGUGCUUCCCAGCCUUCCUAUCUAUUGCCCCAGCUCAGUUCAAACUGAUCCUGGACUCCAUCAUCUGGGCUUUUAAGCAUACGAUGAGAAAUGUGGCUGACACAGGCUUGCAGAUCCUAUAUACUCUCCUGCAGAAUGUUUCUGCAGAGGAAGCAGCAGCGCAGAGCUUCUACCAGACGUACUUCUGUGACAUUCUGCAGCACAUCUUUUCUGUGGUCACGGAUACAUCUCACACUGCAGGAUUAACGAUGCAUGCCACCAUCUUGGCGUAUAUGUUUAACCUGGUGGAAGAGGGGAAAGUUAGUGUUGCUCUGAGUGCUGCAAGCCCAGCCAACAAUCAGGGACAUGUCCAGGAGUACAUCGCCAACCUGCUCAAGACAGCCUUCCCCCACCUCCAAGAUGCCCAGGUGAAGGUGUUUGUGACGGGUCUAUUCAGCCUCAAUCAGGAUAUCCCAGCCUUUAAGGAGCACCUAAGGGACUUCCUUGUGCAGAUCAAGGAGUUUGCUGGUGAGGACACGUCAGACCUCUUCCUGGAGGAGAGAGAGACAGCUCUGCGCCAAGCCCAGGAAGAAAAACACAAGCUCCAGAUGUCUGUGCCCGGCAUCCUCAACCCCCAUGAGUUGCCAGAGGAGAUGUGCGACUAAAGUGACCAUAGCCCCUACGGACCAACUCUGAAGGGAGAAAGUUCACCAGGGAGCAAAGACAUUUCCUGUUGUUUUCCUUCCAAGUGUGGUUGUGUGCAAGUGUGUGUUGAAGAGAAUUGGAGGGGGGACCCGGCACUCGGUUGUAUGUCGACCAAAUUCUGUCAAUAUGUAAAUGAGAAUCGCCCCUUAUUACUACCCCCAAUUCUGGCACAGAUUCCUCCCCACCACCAGCUUCUUUUAUAUACAUUGUUUAUGUAACAUGCCAUCUUUUGUUACCUUCUUGCUGUCAAAGCUUUGUUUGGCCAUGCAUUCAUUUAAACCUGCAUGAAGUUGUAAGAAGUAAUGGUUAUUUUUUAACCUACUACAUGCUUAUUUCAACUUCCUUCCCACUUGUUAAUAUGUAAUAUAUAUAUAAUGUUGAAACACUUGCAAUGGUUAUGUGACAGAUUGCUCCAGUUUCACAAGUGCCAUGUGCACUGUGCAGAACGAAUGUGAUGUUCAAGGGGUCCAUUUGUACUCCUUUGCUUCCUGUGUUUGUUGUUUUGGUUUUUGAGUGUGGUUGUUUUGUUUCUUUUCUUUUGUUUUGGCUUUCUGAUAAAUUCAGGGCUUCGGUUCCUCUGCUUUUGGAUGAGUGCGUGCAUAUCAUCCUGUUUGUAAAGCUGUCUUAGUACUCUGAAAAUAUAAAGUUGGCUAUUUUUACAAAA